AUGUCUGGAAUAACAGGAGACGCAUAUGCGCCUGCGUUUGCGCCCUUCCUAGGAUUUGCCGGAUGCGCUGCUGCCAUGGUUUUGUCAUGUGCUGGAGCUGCCAUCGGAACAGCCAAGUCAGGAGUCGGGAUCGCUGGUAUCGGGACGUUCAAGCCAGAAUUGAUCAUGAAGUCGUUGAUUCCCGUUGUCAUGUCGGGUAUCUUGUCUGUUUACGGAUUGGUAGUAGCAGUAUUGAUCGCUGGAGGUUUGGCUCCCACAGAGACAUAUUCUCUUUUCAAUGGCAUUAUGCACUUGGCCUGUGGAUUAUCAGUAGGAUUUGCUUGUUUAUCGUCGGGAUAUGCCAUUGGUAUAGUCGGAGACGAGGGUGUGAGACAGUUUAUGCACCAGCCCAAGUUAUUUGUUGGAAUCGUGUUGAUUUUGAUUUUCGCCGAAGUCUUGGGAUUGUACGGCAUGAUCAUCGCCUUGAUCUUGAACACUAAGGGAAGUGGUUAGAGGAAAAGAGAAACAAGUUCAUGAUAUAUUCCGAUAUCAGUUUGUAUUGUCAUUUCUUAUUAACUUACUUGAAUUGUAUGUAUCAUGUCUGAUUUCCCAUCCUACCUCAAUUAUCAUAUUUUGAAUACACUUUACUUCAUUAUAUCUACGAUGUCACUACAUCGCUGAUCGCUACUUCUAGUACUUAUAUAUAUUUUCAAUAAAAUACUUCGUCACGUACUGU